UAGUCUGUGACCAUUUCACUUGUAUGAACUUGUCUCCUUUAAUAAUGUGUAUUCUCCUUAUAUUAUAUUAUAUAUAAUAUGAGUGUUUGUUGACAGUCCGUUGCUUGGUGACAUAUAUCCAUACAUGGUGGUUGUUGACAUGUCUGUUAUAUUUCGCUAUGUAUAUGUGGAUCGAUACUUCAUUAUAAUUAGCCAUUCAUGUUAAGACUGUCUAAUGAUUGUUCACACCCUUGUCAUAUAUAUUUCGCUCACACAAUUUGUGUGAACUACUUUACUUACUUACCACUUUGGUGUGAGACCAUUUAUUUUCGUCUCCUUGUGUUUGGACAAUAGAAGUAUCAUCGCAAACCUAGUGGUCUUCUGAUUUCCGCCUUCUUGCGUCAGGACUAUUAGUUUCUCGACCAGUCCAUAACAAUAAUUUAGCGACGAGUACAUAACAAUUUGGCGACGGGGAAAACUACUAUUAACCACUCAGCAGCAGCAACAUAACAAUUUACUAUGGAUGUUUCUAAAUUGGAAUUAUUGUUUGAACGACAAAUGAAAUUAAUGGAAAUGUUCGUCAACCAACAGACUGGUCCAGCUUCACCUUCAAGCAAUCCCAAUCAUACCAUGCUACCAUCUGUCGACGGAAUUGUGAACAGUAUUUCACAGUUCAAUUAUGACCCAGAGGCUAAUGUCACUUUUGACACAUGGUAUCAACGUUAUGAGGAUUUAUUCACUGUUGAUCUCGCCUCACAAGACGAUGCCUGGAAGGUGCGAGUGUUGUUACGUAAAUUGGGUCCGGCAGAAUAUGAACGGUACUGCAACCUAAUUUUACCCAGAAACCACGUGACAAGUGUUUCGAUGAUACAAUAA